AUGCAACAUCCUCCCUCGUCAUCAACCGUCUAUCUAGACCAACCACCCAGCUGUCUCCAAUUCUGCCCCUCAAUCCCCUCCCAGUUCAUAAUCGGCACCUAUCUCCUCUCCGAGACGCCCCUCCCCGACGGCACCAUCCAGCAAUCCAAAUCCGGCAGUCUCCAACGAUGGUCUCUUAACCCAGAGACCAACGAGCUCUCGCUCCUCAAGAGGAUUCCCCUCCCCUACGCAGUCUUCGACCUGCACUUUCACCCGCGGGAUCCGACCCUGCUGGCAAUUGCCACCAGCACGGCCUCUGUCGCCCUGUUCAAAGUCGACCACGCGAGCUCCGACAUCACCAAUCUCUGGACUCGCUCCGUGCACGAGGAUCCCUCCGUGCCGGCUCUCUUCCUAGCCUGGACGCCGUCGCACUGGCCAUCUGGCGACGCCGCCAAGGAUGACGGCUUCGCAGUGACCUUCUCAGACGGGCGCACGGCCGUCCUCGCCUCCACCAAUCCGCUAUCAUCAUCCAACGGAGACGUUACUGUCAAAGAGAUAGGCGCUUUCGACGCAACCGUCCCCAUCGAGGUGUGGUUCGUGGCUUUAGCGACCUACGAGGAUGCCGACACUCCCGGCAGGAGUAGCAUCCCGUACAUGUUCACAGGGAACGACUUUGGGUCUUUGCACACCCGCCGACUAGCAGCUGAGCAGGAAGACGACUCUAUUUCGCUCUCUGCAGUCGUCGACUACGAAGAUCGCGCGCGCCACCACACCGCGGGCGUGACUUCCAUCCUUCCACUACCAGUUCCGCUCGCUGACGGCGCGCCGCUUUUACUAACAGGGAGCUACGACGAGUCUCUGCGGGUGUACCACGCGACGCGACGGGGGGCAGUACUGGCGGAGAUGGGUCUCGGAGGCGGAGUGUGGCGGUUGCAGCUGCUGAAGACGACGGAGGACGCCGAGGGAGGGAUGUCGUUUCUGGUGUUGGCUAGCUGCAUGCAUGGUGGAGCGAGGGUGGUUCGUCUUGUGGGCGCAGACUUGCAGUGGGAUAUUGAGGUUGUGGCGGAGUUUACGGAGCAUGAGAGUAUGAACUAUGCGUCGGAUGUGUGGAAGCCUGAGGGUGGGUAUUCGCUGGAUGGGACGGCGGGGUCGGACUUGCUUUGUGUGUCGAGUAGUUUCUACGAUCGACGGCUUUGUACGUGGCGGGUCCAUGUCUAG